ACCAUUUUCAUAAUACCACACAACGCGGUUGUCCACAACAUCAAUGGCUGCCGCUACGACAAUAUCCCGGCCAUUACCUGCCCUCCCAGAGGGUUGGUCGGCUGAAAAGGAUUUCAACCCGAUUGGAUCCAUCACUGCUUCAACUCAGCGUACUAUUGAGCCCGUUGGACCUCACUUCCUCGCCCAUGCCCGUCGUGCCCGUCAUAAGCGAACCUUCUCCGAAGAUGACCGUAUCCAAGCCCAAGAGAAGGCAAAGAACAUCGAGAAAGAUGAUGAGAGUGAUGUUAGCGAGCCCGAGGACCCUAUGAUGCUUCAGCGUGAAGCCAAGGACUGGAAGUCACAAGAUCACUACCAAGUUCUCGGUCUGUCUAAGUACCGCUGGAAAGCAACGGAAGACCAGAUCAAGCGCGCCCACCGCAAGAAGGUCCUAAAGCAUCACCCCGACAAGAAGGCUGCUCAAGGCAGUACCGAGGACGACAACUUCUUCAAGUGUAUCCAAAAAGCUACCGAAGUUUUACUCGAUCCAGUCAAGCGCCGACAAUUCGACUCUGUUGAUGAGAAGGCCGACGUCGACCCACCUACCAAGAAGGAGCAAGCCAAGGGUAACUUCUACAAGCUCUGGGGCCGUGUCUUCAAGUCCGAGGCUCGUUUCUCCAAGCAGCAGCCCGUGCCUACCUUCGGUGACGAGAACUCUACCAAAGAAGAUGUCGAGAACUUCUACAACUUCUGGUAUAACUUCGACUCGUGGCGAUCGUUCGAAUAUUUGGAUGAGGACGUUCCCGACGACAACGAGAACCGUGACCAGAAGCGUCACAUGGAGCGUAAGAACGCCAACGCCCGCAAGAAGAAGAAGGCUGAGGACAACGCCCGUCUACGCAAGCUUCUAGACGACUGCUCCGCCAGCGAUGAGCGUAUCAAGAAGUUCCGCCAAGAAGCCAACGCUGCCAAGAACAAGAAGCGUCUCGACAAGGAGGCUGCGGAAAAGAAGGCGAAGGAAGAUGCUCGUCUAAAGAAGGAAGCCGAAGAAAAGGCCGCCAAGGAGGCCGAGGAGAAGGCUAAGACAGAACGCGAGGCCAACAAGAAGGCUAAGGAGGCAGCCAAGAACGCCGUCAAGAAGAAUAAGCGUGUACUCAAGGGUUCCGUGAAAGACGCCAACUAUUUUGCUAGCGGCGGUGACGCGACCCCGGCACAGAUUGACUCUGUACUAAAUGACGUAGAAUUGGUACAGGGCAAGAUCGACGCCGAUGAGAUCGCAGCCCUAGCAGGCAAGUUAAACGGUCUUAAGGUCGCAGAUGAGAUCAAGGGCGUGUGGGGAGAAGAGGUCAAGCGUCUCGUUGCUGCCGGAAAACUAAAGGAGGGCGAUGCCAAAUCAUUGGUAUAGACGAUUUUGAUACUUUCACUCCAAAAUGCGUAGCAGCGUAACGGGUAGCUAUUAGACUAAAGGGCUAAAGGCUUAUUACAGGUAACCCACGAAAGACUAAUACACAAUAUGAAGCACCAUCACAAUUAA